AUUAUAACCGCGCUAAGGCAGGUUUCGCAAGGCUCUGACACUUUCAUCGGAUAUAUAAGUCGUGGCACUGUGCAAGAUAGGUUCUUCCAGAAUGAUUAAGAUGAUGGGCUAUUCACUACUGUCAAGUCAUUUAAUGAUUGGCUGCUCGCUGCUGAUACUCGUUCAAGGCCCGGACAGGAAGGAAUCACUGGCCCCUAUCGAGACUUGCUGCCGGACAUGUGCUAUAUCUAUUUCGCUUAUGGAGACCUUACACUCGGGAAUAUUAUCAUCUCAGGCGGGGCCAACUCUCAAAGAAUCGUGGUAAUUGUGGACUGGGAGCAAGCUGGAUGGUAUCCAGAAUACUGGGAGUACUGUAAGCUACUUUACGGGGUGGAGUAGACUCAUGAAUGGCGUAGCGCUGGAUGGGCCGAAAAGGUUACGGAACCGUAUGAGACCAAAUGGUUUGCUUUCGCAGAGCACUCAUUAUGGCGGUGUCCAUGAGCAACACAUCCUACUAAGGAUUAUAUUGUUUCGGCAAAGAGUACGUGUAUUAUUAUAGAGAC